CUCCAAUUUUUGCGCGUUUGUUUUGUUUUGUUGACAGCUCGCGUGUUUGAAUUUUAAAUUCGGUCGUGUUUUUUCGAGGUCGAUUUUCUUCUGUGAAAUUAUUUAAAAAUCCUUCAUUACUGUUGUGUUGUAAAUAGCUUUAACUACGUAGAAAUGCGUAAAAGCCUCGCCCCGAGCCAAUGUUCCCCGGCAAACGGUGCCUUCAAGAGUCCGUUCCUUAACGCUCCAAAGCGGCCCCGGGAAUGUCGCGAACGGAACAGCAAGCUCAAGGACACCGGCGGCGGUGGUCCUUCCCCACCGAAGCUGUCCGCGUCCGAGUACGAAAUGAUGAUCACGAAGAUCCUGACGCGCCCGUUCAAGAUCCCCAUCGAGAACUACAUCCCGGAACACACGACCCGGUGCCUGGGGAUGAAGCGGCCACCGGCACGGCGCUCCCUGCACGAUCCGUACGCGUGCAACGCGCUGGUGCUGUUCACGCCGCAGGAACUGUCCGAGCACGACAAGCUCAAGGCGGACCAGGGCAAGGCCCAGGUUCACGUCGUGGUCGAUCCGCUGCUGGGGAACAUUCUGCGGCCACAUCAGCGCGAGGGCGUGCGGUUCAUGUACGAGUGCGUCACCGGCAAGCGGGGCGACUUCCAGGGCUGCAUCAUGGCCGAUGAAAUGGGACUUGGAAAGACGCUGCAAUGCAUCACGCUGCUGUGGACGUUGCUGCGGCAGAGCCCGGACUGCAAGCCGGAAAUCAACAAGGCGGUGAUCGUUUGUCCGAGUUCGCUGGUUAAGAAUUGGUACAAAGAGUUUGGGAAGUGGCUCGGAUGUCGCGUAAAUUGUCUCUCGAUCGAUGGAGGUUCGAAGGAGCAAACGACGAAGCAGCUGGAGCAGUUUAUGGCCAAUCAGAGUGCGCGCCAGGGAACGCCGGUGCUGAUCAUCAGCUACGAGACGUUCCGGCUGUACGCGGGCAUUCUGAACAACUCGGAGGUGGGAGCGGUGUUGUGCGACGAGGGUCAUCGGCUGAAGAACUGCGAGAAUCUCACCUAUCAGGCGUUGAUGGGACUGAAGACGAAGCGGCGGGUGCUGCUGUCGGGGACGCCGAUUCAGAACGAUUUGACCGAGUACUACAGCCUGCUGCACUUUGUCAACCCCGGGAUGUUGGGCUCAUCGAAUGAAUUCCGCCGCCAGUUCGAGAAUCCCAUCCUCCGCGGCCAGGACGCCAACUCGACGGAAUCGGAGCGAGAAAAGGCCACCGAACGACUUCAGGAGCUGUCCGCGCUCGUAAAUCGCUGUAUGAUCCGACGAACGAGCUCGCUACUCACCAAAUACCUGCCGAUCAAGUUCGAGAUGGUCGUCUGCGUGAAAAUGACCGACGUCCAGACGGAACUGUACAAGAGCUUCCUCCAGUCGGACUCGAUCCGACGCUCGGUGCUGGAAAAGUCCGAGGUGAAGGCCAGUUUGACGGCACUGUCGAACAUUACGGCGCUGAAGAAGCUGUGCAACCAUCCGGAUUUGGUGUACGAAAAGAUUAAGGAGCGCGCGGAAGGGUUCGAGGAGGCAUACAAGAUCCUGCCGGCGAAUUACAGCGCGAAGGAGGUGCGGCCGGAAUUUGGCGGGAAGUUGAUGGUGCUGGAUUGUAUGCUGGCGAGCAUCAAGAUGAACACGAACGACAAGAUUGUGCUGGUGUCGAACUACACGCAGACGUUGGAUCUGUUUGAGAAGUUGUGCCGGAAGCGGGGUUACGGGUACGUCCGGUUGGACGGAACGAUGACGAUCAAGAAGCGCGGGAAGGUCGUGGACGAGUUCAACAAGCCGGACUCGAAGGAGUUUAUCUUUAUGCUGAGCUCGAAGGCCGGAGGUUGCGGGUUGAAUCUGAUCGGGGCGAACCGGUUGGUGAUGUUCGAUCCGGACUGGAAUCCGGCCAACGACGAGCAAGCGAUGGCGCGGGUUUGGCGCGAUGGCCAGAAGAAGCCGUGCUUCAUCUAUCGGCUGCUGGCGACCGGCUCGAUCGAGGAGAAGAUCUUCCAGCGGCAAACGCACAAGAAGGCACUCUCGAACACGGUCGUGGACAACGACGAAGACGGCCAGCGGCACUUUACCCAGGACGACCUGAAGGAUCUGUUCCGGCUGGACGAAGCGACCAUCUCGGACACGCACUCGAUCUUCAAGUGCAAACGGUGCGUCAACGCGAUCCAGGUCAAGCUGCCCCCGGAGGACAGUGACUGCACCUCGGAUCUUGCCCACUGGUAUCACUGCGCCAACAACAAGGGCAUCCCGGACGACAUCCUGUCCAAGUCGUGGGACAUUACCAAGUGCGUGUCGUUUGUGUUUCAUCACCGGUCGAACAGCGCCGUCGUCGAGCAGCAAAUUGCCGAGCAGAAGCGGCUGGAUGCGGCGAAGGGUGGGAAGAAGAAGGAGGAGGAGGACGAGGAGGAAGACGUCGUAGAAGCGAGCGAUGAGGACAAGGAGAACGACGACGAUGAUGGGUCCGAGCCGGAUGACGGAAAAGACGAGGAUUUCGUACUGUAAGAGAGAGAGAGGGAGAGUUGUUAUUUGUUGGCGUUUGGCGAAAUAAACAUUUAUUAAACAAUAAUUAAAUGUCAGUCUCUUCAGUGCUGACUCCGAUACAUUCCAGCAGCAAGAGACGAAAUCUACCGAAGCGUCCGUAAUAUCACACCCACUAAGGGUCAAAUAUUUCAGGUUUGGAUUCUGGCUUAUAACGGACACAAUUUCGUCGGUGAUGCAACCCAUUCGCUCGAAAACAAUAAUUGUCUGCAGCUGGUGACAUUGAAGGAUGAACUGGACGAGUCAAUGGCUCGGGAAUUCUUCGUACUCAUGAAAUUCUUUUAAAUUCAAAUUUUACUGCCGUUCAGGAAUGCUCACGUACUUGGUUCGUAGUUUACUCGUUCUAGUGAUUUCGAAUUUUUCAAUGAAUUUUUUUUUAGUUUUAAAUUAGGAUUAGUUGUUAAAAUGUUUUUUUUUCUUUUUUACUCAAAUGUAUUCGAUUCAAUGCAAUAUUUAAUGUAAAACAAUUUGAAGUAAAUAAAAUAAAUGUGAUCAGUUAAUAAUAAAACGAAAAAUACAACAAAGAUGAAGAGCAUUAGGCCAUACCACUUAGCAUGUAAUAGAAAUGUAAUUAUUUUAAGAAAGUUAUAUUAUAAAGACAUAUUUAAUAAAAACAAAAUGUUGACGUCCAACGAGGGGACGUCCAACCAGG